AUGUCCCACGAGAGCUUACCUGUUUUUGAUACCAUUGCGUUAGCUGAAGUAUUGUACGAUGGAGGUACAUUCAAGGGUGAACUCUGUGUUAGCCAAGAGGCUAUGGAACGUUUUGAGGGUAACCUUCUUUAUGAUAAGGAAGGGAUUGGUCUCAAAGAGGAAGUUGAUCAUGGACAUGAAUCUCAUGAUGAAGAGAGGGAAGCUCUUGAGGAAGUCUUUAAGCAACCUCAUGUCCCUCCACCACCACCACCACCACCACCCCCACUCAAAGGAUUUGGCACGCGGUAG